AUGUCGCCCCUCAAGCCCGUCCCCGAGCCGAUCGCUCUCUUCGACCAGUUUGUAUCCCAAGACAUACAGACCAUAGUCCUUCGCGAAAAGGUCUUCUCCGUCUCGGGGGACAGCUUCGACAUCAAGUUCAUCGAUGGCAAACCGCUUCUGACGGUGCAUGGUGCGUGGAUGUCGCUUUCCGGCCGCAAGAAGGUCUCCGACGCGAAUGGCAAGCACCUGUUCGAUAUAGUCAAGGAGCAUCUACAUCUCCAUGCAACCUAUGCGGUUGAAGAUACCCACAGAAAGAAGAUAUUGGAGGUGAAGAGUAAUCUUACAUUACUCGGUUCAAAGGCCACCGCGACCUUUGCCUCAUCAACCGGCAAGGCUGAGGAAUUCAAAAUCAAGGGCGGUUGGUUCGACCAUAGCGCAGACAUUGUUGACGAAAAAACUGGCUACACAGUAGCACGCAUCAACCGUAAGCUACUGAGUGGCCGCGAUCUAGCAUUUGGUCAGCAGACAUACGCAGUUGAGAUUGCUCCAGGGAUCGACGCAGCACUCGUAGCUGCCUUGUGUAUUUGCUUUGACGAGAAGAAUAAUGAGGAGAGGGGCUAG